AUGAAGACCUCAGUAGCUGCCCUCUCCUGCCUCAUCCUUGCUGCCCAGGCUGCAGUUGAACACCUGAUGCUGAACCUGAAGAAUGAACAACACUCGAUGUCUCAAGGAGGCUUUCACCGUCCCACUGACUGCUGCUUCUCUUACACCCUACGAAAAAUCCGAUGUGUAUUCAUGAAAGAUUAUGUAGAAACGACCACUGCAUGUUCCCAGACUGCUGUCAUCUUCAUCACCAAGAGGGGGCAGCAGGUCUGUGCUAACCCCAAAGAUGAGCAAGUUCAGAAAUGCAUGUUGCACCUGAAGCUAAGAUCAGUGAUCAAGGACCUGAGAACACUAUCUCUUGAGAAGGGAUACUUGGAGUCAGCCCCCUCACCUCUAUCUCUCUUGCCCUGA